UUGUUGGGGUUAUUUUUAGAUACUAUCUGUAUAACCAGGAAUAACAACAACAAUUUAUUUAUAGACUGCCCGUCUGGCUGGGUUUCCCUAGCCACUCUGGGCAACUCCCAAUAGAAUAUUAAAAACACAAUGAAUACAUCAAACAUUAAAAGCAUCCCUAAACAGGACUGCCUUCUAAAAAGUCUAGUACUGUAUAUUCCUGCGUAUAAGACUACUUUUUAACCCAGGAAAAUCUUCUCAAAAGUCAGGGGUCGUCUUAUACGCCGGGUCGUAUUUCUUAUAUGGCGAAUAUAUCCCAAACUCUAUAUUUUAACUGGAAAAGUUGGGGGUCGUCUUAUACGCCCAGUCGUCUUAUACGCCGGAAUAUACGGUAGUUGUUUUUCUCUUUGACAUCUGGUGGGAGGGCAUUCCACAGGGCGGGUGCCACUACCGAGAAGACCCUCUGUCUGGUUCCCUGGAAUUUCGCUUCUUGCAGUGAGGGAACCGCCAGAAAACCCUUGGAGCUGGGCCUCAGUGUCUGGGCUGAGCGAUGGGGGUGGAGACGCUCCUUCAGGUAUCCUGGGCCGAGGCCUUUUAGGGCUUUAAAGGUCAGCACCAACACUUUGAAUUGUGCUCGGAAACGUACUGGGAGCCAAUGUAGAUCUUUUACGACCAGUGUUCUGUGGUCUCGGCGGCCAUUCCCAGUCACCAGUCUAGCUGCCGCAUUCUGGAUUAUUUGUAGUUUCCGGGUCACCUUCAAAGGCAGCCCCACUUAGAGCGCAUUGCAGUGGUCCAAGCGGGAGAUAACUAGAGCAUGCACAACUCUGGUGAGACAGUCUGUGGGCAGGUCGGGUCCCAGCCUGCAUACCAGAUGGAGCUGGUAGACAGCUGCCCUGGACACAGAAUUGACCUGCGCCUCCAUGGACAGCUGUGAGUCCAAAAUGCCUUCAGAGGCACAAUUACCCCAUUCAUGAUCAGGGAGUCCUCUCUUAUUAUAAUUAUGACUGGAAUACCCAAAGGUUGGGGCAUUUAGGAAAUUGGGAGCAUCUUGGUAAUAAAAGUGAAUGUAUUGCCUAGAAUGUUAUUUUUAUUCCAAUCUAUACCGAUAGUGGAGCAGGGCACUUUAAACAAUGGCAAAAGGACAUAUCUAAAUUUAUCUGGCAGGGGGAAAGCCAAGGAUUAAAUAUAAGUUACUAAUGGAUGCCAAGGAAAGAGGUGGAUUCUCUCGCCAGAUUUAAAGUUAUAUUAUGAGGUGUCCUGCCUCUGCUGGCUUUGUUAAUGGAUAACGUUAAAGAAUUCAGAUAUAUUAGAUCUGGAAGGUUAUGAUAACAGAUUUGGAUGGCAUGCAUAUGUUUGGUAUGAAAAAUAAAAGUACAUAAGGGAUUCCUGAACCAUGUAAGAAAAUUCAUUUAUGCUGUAUGGGAAAAAUAUAAAAAUAUUUUAGAAGGUAAAACUCCAUGGUGGUUAUCACCAUUGGAAGCAAUAUUAGUUAAAAACACAAACAAACAUGAAAGAUGAAUGGGCAACCUACAAAGAACUGUUAACCGAAGUAGGAAACCAAUGAAAGGUGGGGGAAAAAUUGAGGAUAUAAGACAUUUAUUAACAGAUUGGUUACAAUACCACCAACUAAACGAUCUGUUUAGGUUGGACAAAGGAUUGGGUUUCAGUAAAGAGUUGUCAAGGUUUGAAAAGGAUUUGUUGGGAAAUAAUGAGAAACUAUUAUAAAAAAUGCAUAAACUAUUGUUGGAAUGGGAAACUAAAGAUGAAAAGGUAAAAGCAGUAAUGAUUCAUUGGGCAAAAGAUGUAGGGUAUAAUAUACAACUUGCUGAUUGGGAAAGAUUAUGGAGGGAGGAUUUGAAGUUCACAGCAUGCUGUACAUUGAAAGAAAAUUAUAUGAAAAUGAUGUACCAAUGGUAUUUGACUCCCACAAGAUUAGCGAAUUGUGUACAAAAACACAACCAACAUAUGUUGGAAGUGUAAAGAGAAUGAAGGCACGUUCUACCACAUGGGGUGGAUGUGCAGAAAGGCUAGAGCAUUCUGGGAAAUUAUAUAUAAUGAACUGGAAAAAAAUGUUUAAGAUAACAUUUGUUUUAAAAAAAAACCGGAAGCUUUUUUAAUAGGCAUAACAGGAGAAGAAAUACAAAAGGACUUAAAAAGACUCGUUAUGUAUGCAACGACAGCUGCAAGAAUGCUUUUUGCCCAGAGAUGUGACAAAGAGGAAAUGCCAACCAAGAAAGAGUGGAUAGUGAAAAUGAUGGACUAUGCAGAAAUGGCGAAAAUGACUGGGAAGAUCAGACACGCAGAUGAUUGUAAAUUUUAAAAAGAAUGGUAUAAAAUUAUAGAGUACAUUAAGGAACAAUUAAAGAUUAAAAGACGUUAGCAGGAUUGAUUUAGCACUUGUAAUUUUUAAUAGGUAAAGGAUUAAAUAAGGAUUUAAUUAAAGUUGGAUAUAUGUAAUUAAAUGCGGUUAAAAUUAAAAAAUGUAUCUGCAGAAAACCAGAAGGGGGAGGAGGGAAGUCUGGGGGUUCAGGGAUUCCCGCAAUUGUAUAAAUAUUGUUAAAUUUAAGUUUGAAUGAUGUUAAUGAUGAAAAACUGAAAAUAUAUUUUUUAAGGGAAAUGUCAUUCAGAUUGAAAUAUUUUUUGUGUAAGUUUAGCUGUACUAGACUUUAUUAACUGACUAGUGUGAUAGUUAAUUUUAAAUAAAAUAUUUCUGGAAUUGAAAUGGCUACACUGUCAUGAGAAUAUAAGUUAUGUGAGUCAAGUUUGUGUGUUUUUGGUAUAGCACAAAUUUACCUUACAAUGUUCAUUGUUUCAGGUUUGGUCAACGGGCAGAAUAAAAUCAUUGCAAUUCUGAUGCAGUAUUUCCACCCAAAACCUCCUGUGGCUAACCAUGGCCUUCUCUGAGGGUGGUCAGCCCCAGAACCUAGCAGAGGGGCUUCUGGGCAGGAUCGGCCAAAUACUCAGUCUGCUUACUCCACCUAGAGCAGUCUGAAAGGUACUAUCUCUACAUGCCCAAGAAGGUGGUGGUAUUAUUUACUGAUAUCAUGUGCUAGGUAUACAUAAUGCCUUAUAGCAGGAGAGGGGAACUUUUGUCCUACAGGCCAGUCUUACCCCACCAAUGGUCCAAUUUGACCCAUGAGGUCAUUUCCCUCAAAUCACACCCACUUGCAAAUCAGAUGGCAUAACUUUAGGGUUUAAUCCUGCAUUAAUACAGGGAACAGGAUUAAACAGCCAAGGCAUCAUCAGCUGAUGAGUAUAGAUAAAAGCCCUUGGCAAAAGCUCUGGUUGAAGCAGCCUGCCCAUUGUUAAGCCAAUGUUAGUGGCAGCAGGGCAGGUUAAGGCUUACAUAAGGGUUACAUAGGCCAGAAGUGCCUGGAAAGUAGAGCAGGAUCUAUGAGGAUCUCUCACAGCAGAGAUCCUGCAGUAGAUGGCAAGGCUUUCUGUCUCUCACUUGUCUUAACAAAAUUAGCAACAACGUGACUUACCUAAUUAGGCUGUAAAAAUGAAAAACGAUAAUCAGGAAUGCAUUUUCCUGUGAGCUCAGCUCAGCUGAAAACACAUGGCCAGGCUUCAGAAUGUGCUCAGAAGCAACCUGUCCUUUCAUUCUAACUUCAUGUCUCUUGAACUUAGCUUUGGGUGGAUGUUCUUGUAGUGAAAAAUAAAGUUGAUCCAAACAAGCCUGAAGUCUACCUUCCCCUGACACAGGCAGCAUUGAGAGGCUCUAAUUAGACAGUUGGGAGAGAAAGGAGGGGAAUGGGCAAGCUGGUGGAGAACCUCAGGGCUUGGAGUGGGAGACAAAUGCCGGCCUCCAGCUCUUUUCACCUGGCCUCCAGGGCUCUUGCCAAGCUAUACUUCACACCGGUCCUCCUUUGCAAACUCCCUUGAGCAUUUGUACCUGGUUGGAACAUAUUGUUGAGAUAGUGCUUGCUGGCCUGGAUAGAUAGAGGAUAUUGAAACCAGUCCUCUGCACAAAGGUAGAAUUCAACAUUUGUUGGACGGCCCACUUUUGCCUAUGCCGCUGCCCACCACCGAUACGUAGCGCCCCCCACCCCCAGUCAUUUGCCUUGAAGGGAAUGUGUCCCGUGAGCUAGAAAAGGUUUCCCACCCAUUGCCUGAAAUUCGGUUACAUCUGGAAUGGGGUGAAGUAGGAAGGGAUGGAUUUAAAGGUUGCACCAUGCACAUGUUCAGGGAGGCAGUCGCUGUGCAGGGAGAGUGGGAGGGUGAAACAAGGGGUUGCCUUUGCGACUCAGUAUCUGCACAGUAAGGGGUGGGAGAGAGCUGCAUUUUUUCCCCUGUCCAGGCACACUGGACGAUACCAGAGUCUAGUCUUCUAAUAUAUGCAUCCGUUCCUCAGGUUGCCUGUGUGCCUCGUUGCCAAAAGCUGCCUUGUAGAAACCCACACCAAACAACCCUUUUUAUUUUCCUCAUUCCUGAAACCUCCAAACCUGGUUGACUUCUCAGGGUGCAUUUUGCACAUUCCUGCUAGCAAGCCUGAAGGAUACGCCUAGUUCAGUCAUUGCUGGAAGGACAGAGAACAAGUAGUGAGAUCUGACGCAGGCCUCACUUCACCCUGGGAUUGCUGCCGAGCUCCAGCAUCAGCAUGGAGAUGGACACCUGGACUGCUGCAGCAUGAGCUGUAUGGAGGGACAGGAACUCUGCAGGGUGGCUGAUAAGAAAGCAGUACGUUGGGGCACAGACAAAAGUCCCUAGAAAUGGAAGAGAGGAAGGACUCCACAAAGCUGUGCAAAUGCAAGCAGCCUGUGAAAACAGAGUGGGGAGCCCAGUGUGUGGUGUUUACCUACUUCCAAGGAGACAUUAACAGUGUGGCGGAUGAGCACUUCUCUAGAGCAUUGAGCGCAUCCAAAACUCCACAGGAUUUGAGCAGAAAGAACAGUGGUGAGGAUGCAAUUGUACAACAUGAUGAGCUUCUCCUCCACAUUUUCUGGCUGCUGGUUACUUAUAAUGCAGCUGCUGCAGCGACAAGCCCCUAUCCUCCUUCUCUUCUCCAGGGCAUCACACCACCAGCUACAGAGCUAUGGCAGUUGCCUUCAGGGGGCAACCCAAAUUUGACUGCAGCUUCAGUGUACCCUCCCUCUAUGCCCGACAUGCAUAUGACGCAGGGGUCUGUGUCAGAUGGGAAAUACGGGUCCCUGCUGGGUCUCUUGCAACAGGAAAGGUGUCCUUCGUCUGUCCAGGAGCCUCUAAGUUCUGGAUCUGCUUGUCCUACCAGCUCUGCUAGGUUACAAAAUAUGAGCCAGAGUUUAACUUCUGGGGGAGGUAUCCCUGAAAAUGACAGGAGAAGAGAUCUCUACUUUUAGAAAAUGGACACUUUUGUUUAUUGUUUCUGGCACAGAGGAAUCUCCUGUGUGGACAUUUUUUAAAACAACAACAACAACAGCAGCAACC